GGUAGUCCCGGAUAUCCCGGUGAGUGCCAGAUCAUCUGGCUCGCAGCGUGUCUUGUCGCAUUCUGUAGCGGGCGCCAAUCUACCUCCCUUGACUACUAUCUGGCUUCUUGCGUCUUUCACCCUCGGACAUACUUGGACUAACUCCGAAUUCUUCCUUUCCUACAGGUGUGCAAGAUGCCUCAACUGCACCCCCGCUGGGUACCCGCCGCAUGCCUCCUCCCUCAUCGCCGCAACACUAUCCCGCACGCGCUCCUCCCGGCACCACACACUCUCUUCCCACCCCUUUCUUGUCGCGUGAGCCGCCCAGCAAUCCGACUCACCACCGUCCCGGGAGCAGCAUGUCGAUAUCGUCCAUGCUAGGCGCGGACGCUGACCGACCCGGUCGGGAUGUAGGCUCCUCCAUCUUUGGCCGUCUGCCCGUCACGUCCGCCUCGUUUGGCAACGCCCAUCCGCCGUCGGCUCCCGGCGCCAUGUCUCCGCCAACCGCGCCCGCCCGCCCGUCGCCGCUGGAAUACUCUGGAUUCCGACGAUCGCAAACGCCUGAAAAGUCAUAUGCAAAGAAUCAGGCCUCGCGUCCCUACCGGUCCGGCUCCGGAGGUGUGCCUCAAGCAAUCCCGGAGCAGGCGAAGUUCGGCGGUCUGCCACGCGGCCAUCCAGCCACACAAUUCCCCGAGAAACCCCAUUCCACACACCCAUCGCCUCAGAUUUCCUCGGCCGACGCCCCGUACAAUGAACGACGUCGCACCAGCUUCAGUGGACCGGUGCCUCGCCCCAACAGUCAGCCGCAGCAUCUCGAACCACCCCCCCGCACAGCCGGCUACAGCCCUUUGUCACGGCCGAUCGCCGUGCCCACAACGAGUGGCAUGGGAGAAGGCUCCUUUGGGUCGACCCAUCAGAGAGCCUCGUCCUACAUGGGCCACGAGCUACCACACAGCCGUUACGGUGGACUUUAUACAGAUCGCCACGCGGAGGAACAAGCCAUCCGGGAGCGGGAGCGCGCAGCGGCACACGAAGCCGAGUCCAAGGCCGCGGCGCACGCUGUUCCCCGCUUUGGCCCACAGUAUGGCGACCGCGACGCUGCCGCUCCUCGUCCUCAGGGGUCAUCGGCCUGGGAGCUACCGCGCUCGCAGCCCGGAUCUCCCGAGAUCAAGCGGUUUCCCGCGCCGGAGCCGGGCGCAGGCUUUGGCUUUGGUGCGAUCCAAAGCUACACCAAGUCGUUGGGGUCCCAGCUCGGUGGAUCGCGUGCGCCAUCGCUCUCCGUUCACCCGCAACCCGGUCAGCCCACGCCCCCGUCGCACGAGCCAACGCCGUACCUCAAGCUACAAACCGAUACACGCGCCUUUCCCGUCACCACCGCUGCCGCAUCCGCGGGUAUGAUUCUCUCCGCCGCCUCGGAUGAACAGCGCCGUAAAGGCAGCGAUGAGCUCCUGGCCCAUCGGAAUUUACUCGGUGUCGGGUUGGACGCGAAACGGGGCGGGCGAGCAUCGCCGCUGCCCCAGGCGGUUCAGGGAGCGCAGGCACAGAUCCUGGGCCCCGCUGGGGAGUCUGGCAUCAAGAAUGAACUGGGCCGUGUGUUUUCAGGCAUCGGAAGUGGAGUGGGCGGCGUGACAGGAGCCACGGCCGGCAGCGGACCAUCGACUCCCAUGACCUCAGCUAGUCCCUUCAAGCGGGACAGUGCCACCGCCCGCUCUACCAACAGCGAAACUGCACCGGACGAAUCCAAGAUUCCCCGGCCGGCCUCCGCCAACGGAAAGCGACCGCGUAAAUCGCGCGACGAAGAUACACGCGUUGAAACCGAGGCCGUUCCCGCACCCUUGUCCCGCGGGCGGCGUCGGCACGUUCAUCACCACCACCAUCACCACCAUCACCGCCACAAACCCGAGGAAGAAGCGGCUGCACUCGGCCAGAAUCGACCCCUGUCGUCAAUGAACUUCUUCCCUCGGACGGCGACCCCUGCAGACGGGCCAGCCUCGGCGGCGGCAGCUACGCUCGCUCAUCAUCAUCACCAUCAUCCCCACCACCAUCACCACCACCAUCAUCAUGCUCCUCGGCCGGCUGGAUCCGCUGCCCCUACGUCCUCUGUCACCCCUGUUCGCGAACCUCGUACGGUGGUGACCAUUGAGCCGCUUUUGACUAGUGUCGCCCAUCUCCCUCGUCACCAUCUGGGCUCUACUCUGUAUGCUCCUCGGAUCGGAGUUCCGACGGAGAAGGCGUCCCUCGAAAGUGCCAAGUUUGGGUACACCACCACACCAGUUCCUUUGCCCCGCUUCGAAGGCAAGGAGAAUUGCACGUUCACCAUUCGCGUGCCGCGCUUCCGAAUCGACAGCAGCCAUCGCGAGGAGAUUUGUGCGCGUCGUGCCCUCUGGGGUACCGGUGUUUAUACCGAUGACUCCGACCCCGUUGCGGCAGCCAUCCAUUCGGGCUUCAUUCGUGGCGCCUGGAGCGAGGACGUCGAUGUGGAUCUGCUUGAUCUGGAGAUCAGAGACACCUAUCAGCACGCCCCGCAGUCCGCGCAAGAUAUUGGGCUCGACGAGGGCGAGCGACCCCGGGAGCCUCCCGUGCCCCCGUCCGACAAAGACCUCCACAUUACCAUCUUGAUCCUCCCUCGUCUGGAGCAGUACGAAUCGAGCGUGUUGUUUGGCCUCCGGUCUCGCGCGUGGGAAGGCAGCCACGACGGCAUGAGCUUCAAGGUCCUGCGCACCGAAUGGGUGGAUGAAGGAGUCGGUCGCGGUGAGGAACGGGGUGGAGCCGCCCGACGUAAGCGGCUGCGCACUCUGAUUCGGACCGGCCGUAUCUGCACGGGACCGGGCGUGAUCAAGUUGGAUCAGCUGCGCAAUGGGGUGCAGGUGCCGCGCCGAAAGAAGAUCGAAUCGAGUCGAGGACAGUCGUCGCCGAUGCAGACUGUUUCAUGAGACUCGACUGGAAGAGAGAGAUUCGAUGUACUAGCUCGUCAGGCACUUUGUUCGACUUGUUUGUCUACGUCAGUUUGUUUGUGUAUGUAAACGGCGUUGU